AUGCUGUCCGAUGCUAGCGACUCCUUGUCUAUCUUGCGUACGAUGUAUGGUGCCACACUGGUGGGGACUCUUGUAGGCGUCUUCCUGUCGGGCAUUGUCUCUGCACAAGUCUACAUGUACACCCGUGUAUACUCGAACGACCGUAUCGGGGUGAAGUGCAUGGUCGCCCUAGUCUGGGUUAUGGAUUUGUUACACACCUGCCUGAUCUGCGUGGCGAGCUGGAUGGAUCUGGUCGAACGCUUCGGCGAUUGGGAUCUGGAUCGAAUUACCUGGAGUGUUGGGGCUUCAGUCGCCCUAACUGCCCUUGUGACUUUUCUUGUUCACUGUUUCCUCAUCUACCGAAUUUAUAUGAUAAGCAAUGGUAACUUGUAUUUGACUGCUCCCUUGGCAGUACUGGCUUUUUUUCGCUUGGUGGCAGCCACGAUAUCUACAUCAGAAAUGAUACGACUGUCAAGUUAUCAGGGGUUUGUACACCAGUAUGGCUACGUCUUCACCAUGGGCCUGGGCUCUGCGGUCGCCUUGGACAUAGUGAUUACUGCGGCGAUGUGCUUCUACCUUCGACGCAGCAAGUCUCGGUUCUCGACGAUGAACGACGUCAUCGAUACAUUGAUGCUAUAUACGGUAGAGACUGGGAUGAUCACUUGCGUCACCACGAUCGCGUCCUUGGCAUGUUGGGUCACUAUGCGCAAGAACUUGAUAUUUCUCGGUCUUCACUUCACCAUCAGCAAGUUGUAUGCCAAUUCGUUCCUCGCUAUCUUGAAUUCCCGUGUCACGCUCGGAGCAGGGCGCUGCACAUCCGGCGCUGCCGAUAAGCGUCUCCCGAUCAUGCUCAGCGAUCUCAGCAAGGCGUCAUCCUCUACAAAGUGGCAGAGGACCGGCUCCUCAGCGAACAAAGCGCUUGAGAUCAACGUUGAGACGACGGUUGACAUAUCCCCGGACGAAACACGCUCUCCCCGGGUCCGUCGUGAAGCCUGGGAUGAGGACAUCUGCCAUCUCGAGGAACUCAAAGACGUCAGUGUUACAUUCGGGCGCGCAAAUGCCAUCCCGUGAUCGAGCCGCGACACGCAGACAACCUCAGCUACUUCUACGGGCAACACCCAAGACCACCAAUAUUUAUUUAACUCUCCGGGAGCUGUAAACGAAAAUGCGCAGUCGCACGCGCAUCAGCGUAAGGGGAAACGAUAGCUAAUAGCCUUAUUAAAUAACAUUAUACACGGGUAUUGGGUAUCUUUUUGGCUGAUUCCAUCCGCAUGUCGUACUCUACUUCUUCCCCAAGGUAUCGAUCUCGUCCAGUGUGUGGCUCUCAUAGUCAGAAUCUAGUUGACUGAUAUGUGUCGGCACCCUCUCAACUAGCUCUUCGGUCCUCACGGUGACCGUAACC